AUCUUCAUCAUCGUUGUCUUCAUCGUCUUCAUCAUGACCAGCUGGACCGUCCUGCUCGUCGUCCUCUGCAGCUCCCUGACCCCUGUCCUCGGCUGUGAUUGGCUCCACCACUACGGUCACCUGAGCAACAAGUCUCUGCACCUGCUCCAUCAAAUGGGCGGUCAGCUGACCGAAGAGGACUGUCCAGUUCCCUUUCCAAGCAAAUUCUACGAUCGCAUACGGAACGCCACGGUGAUGUCCCAGCUGGUUUUCAUCAGAGACAGUCUGGAGCUGAUUGCAGGUCUCUAUCUCCAUGACAACCGCUCCUCCGUUGGCUGGGACACAGACAAGACAGAACGCUUCCUGAUGACCAUCCACAGACAGGUGGACGGACUCAACAGCUGUGUGUCGACCAACAGACGAGCAGACAGCAGGCUGAGGAAAUACUACAGGAGGCUGGAGACCCGAACUCUGUACAACACUGGUGGUAGUGCUGUGUCCUGGGAGCUGAUCAGGAAGGAGAGCAGACGACACCUCCAUCAGUUGGACGUGUUGGUGGCGUGCAUCAGAGCUGCAGUUGCCAAUGGGAGGCGCUGUACGACUUAG